CGUUCCCGACGGCUCGGCUUCGUCACCGCCGAGCCGAGAGCACGAUUGGCCCGGGCGCUUGGGCCGUGGCUGCGUUGUCACCCGCGAUGAGCGGCACGGGAACGAGAGCGGCUGCUUCCGUAUGGCGCCUGCGCACUGGUGUUCGGGGUCCUUUCUCAGCUUAUGGGAGAGUCAUUGCCACCAGAUUUCACAGUUCAGGAAUGACCUUAGACAAUAUUAACUGGGCAGUUGUGGAUCGGAUAAUUCGGGUGGAUCAUGCUGGCGAAUACGGAGCAAACCGCAUCUAUGCAGGGCAAAUGGCGGUGCUGGGCCGGAGCAGUGUUGGCCCUCUCAUUCAGAAAAUGUGGGAUCAAGAGAAGAAUCACUUGAAAAAGUUCAACGAGUUGAUGGUCACGUUCAGGGUCCGACCUACGAUUUUGAUGCCCCUGUGGAACGUGGCAGGCUUUGCACUGGGGGCGGGAACUGCCUUGCUGGGGAAGGAAGGAGCGAUGGCCUGCACCGUGGCGGUAGAGGAGUCCAUCGCUCAUCACUACAACAACCAGAUCCGCAAGCUGAUGGAGGAGGAGCCUGGGAAGUAUGAGGAACUGCUGCAGGUCAUCAAGAAGUUUCGAGAUGAAGAGCUUGAGCACCAUGACACAGGCCUGGACCACGAUGCAGAACUGCUGUCCAUCCAGUGCUUCCAUUUUGAAGUGGAAAAGCAUGUUGGGGCUGAACCGCCCCAAGCUGAGCCGCUUCCCUCCUCGCAGUGCCGGGCCUGCUCUCCGAAGUGGCCUCUGUGAUGGCUAGCAGUGAUGCCAGGGUGCGGGUACCCAGCAAGGUUACUUACUGCGGUUGCCCCUAAUUCCUGCUCCUGUCACCUCCAUCCCUUGUUGAGGAUGUGGUGUCAAUAUAUGAAACCCUCCUACUGCCUUCCAUGGUGCAGUGGGGCCGACGCUGGCUUCCCUCUCUUGCCCAGAUGAUUCCAGAAGCCUCCUUCAUGCUCUUGUCCUCCCACAAUCUGUUUUCACCCAGCCAGCUCAGCUCAUCCCCACCAGCUUAGUCCAGCUCCUUGGCAAAGUCCCCACGGUGACGAACGAGAUUCUGGGUGACCUGAAGGUCUAGGUGACCUUCUGGGCACAUUCCUGCCUCCCUCUGUUCCAGCCACUGGCCUCCAUGGGCUCCUCGCAAAUGCCAGGGACAGGCCUGUCUGAUGCCCUUCAAAGUGACUGUGCCCUUGGCCUAGAAUGCCUUCCCUUGUGGACAUGGCUGUCAGAUCCCUUACCACCCCCAACUUAAGUUCAAACCCCAGUGUCCCUUGAAGAAGCCCACUGUCAUAGCCCAGUUUCUGUCUCUGUGAUCAAAAUCUUUGGGAGAAAAAAAAUUAAACGAAUAAAGAUUC